GGAACAGCGCAGGGUUUGGCAGGUCCCGCGCAUGCCCAGUACGCUGCGACCGCAGGCUAGGGGACAGCGCCGGGUCGCGCGGCUCCGGCAGGACAGCCGCCCUACGGAAUGAGGGGCUGUAACCUGGCUGCUCCCUCUGCCUCGCUCCAGCGCCAUGGAAUGCCUGCGGAUCCUGACUGGGCUCCUGCCCCGGAGAACCCUGUGCGCUCUGGCCUUGGGCCUCUGCCCCGUGGCUCGCCCUGUGGCCUCCUGCGGCCGCGCGACGCGCUUACUGGGAAGAAGCAGGGCUGCUCCGCUGUUCCUGCCCAGCCGGACCCUCGCGGCAGGUGAAGUGCACCAGUUUAGAACUCUUGAUGUUUCUCAAGCAACUCUAGCUAGCGUAGCCCCGGUGUUUACUGUG